AUGGAUUAUGACGCGGGAGAACUGACCACCACCACAGUGGAUUGGAGAGAAAAUGUGAAGGAUUUAGCAGCCGGUGCCGCCGGUGGUGUCGCUCAGGUCUUGAUCGGCCAGCCAUUUGACAUUGUCAAGGUGCGAUUGCAGACUCAGAGCGGAGGUAGCGCCUUAUCUGCAGCGCGAAAUAUCUACAUCCAAGAGGGACCUCGUUCCUUCUACAAGGGGACGCUGGUACCGCUUGUCGGUGUUGGCGCUUGUGUCAGUAUUCAAUUCGCUGCAUUCCACGGAUUCCGGCAACUCAUUGAAUCCUAUAAUUUCCGCAAUGACCACACCAAGGACCCCACCUUGUCGUUACCCCAGUUCUAUCUCGCAGGCGGUGCAGCGGGUGUGACAAACAGUAUUAUCUCCGGUCCCGUUGAACACAUCCGUAUACGUCUCCAGACGCAGCCCCACGGCGCUGGCCGGCUCUACUCCGGGCCCUGGGACUGUGCUCGGAAGAUCAUCCGCACUGCGGGCCCCGCUGGCUUGUAUCGGGGCCAGGUUGUGACGCUUUUCCGAGAAUUCCACGGGUAUGGUGUUUGGUUCGCUGCGUACGAGGGCCUUUUGGGCAUACUCCAGCACCACGAGCAGAAGAAACGUGAAGAGCUACCCAACUGGCAAAUAGCCGUCUGCGGUGGUUUGGCUGGAGAGGCACUUUGGCUUCUAAGUCACCCUUUAGAUGUGAUCAAAAGUAAGAUGCAGAGCGACGGGUUUGGUUCUGAUCGGAAGUACAGUAGCAUGAGACACGCUUUCAAGGAAACUUGGGCGGUUGCUGGCGUCCGAGGUCUUUUCCAGGGACUUGGACCGGCCUUGUUGCGUGCGAUGCCAGUGUCCGCGGGUACAUUUGCAACCGUCGAGUUGGUGCGUAAACUGCUACUCUAG